UUGAAUAUUAUCUGUUGACAGUUGUGUUCUAGGCAUCUCGGAGAUUUUUUUUUUGUAUUAGCUAACUUAUGCUAGAAGUUGUGCUUCUCAGUUGAGUGAAGACGUCUGUCCCAAACCCUCGAUGGUUUUGUUUAAACCAAGAGAUGGAUGAAGAUGAACGGCAGAGGAAACUAGAAGCAGGGAGAGCUAAGAAAUCCGCCAACAUGCCACGACACCAGUCGCUUGCUAGCUUCAGACAGAAGCGGGCGAAAGGCGACAGUUCGGGGGCGGCGAAAAAGACGCAGAAGAGGAAGGGCUCGACUGUCCCGGCGAAUGACAGCUCAGCGCAAAACCGCCACGUAGAAUCAGCACCUCCAUCGGCCAAUGAAAGAGACCUGAACAGCAAGACCAACCAUGAGGAAUCCAAAAAACUUGAGAAAUCUUUGGUUCAGCAGAAACGGCGACACAUGGAUCAGCCCCCCACCCUGAGGCAAAGCCUGUCCCCUGUGGAAGAGUUGAGAGAUGAGGAGCUACUUGCACUUACUGGCAAAGAGCAGCUCAAGCAAUUACAGGAGGCUGUGGAGAAGCGUAAUGACAUCAUUGCCAGGCUCAGCUCCAACCUGCAGGAGGCCCUGGCCAGCAGAGACCAGGUACAACUGGAGGCCCAGUCACUCACUGGACAGAUUCAGGCACUACAGAGACAGCUCCAACAGACCAGUGCAGAGUUUCUGCGAAUCAAAAGUCAGUCAGAGGCUGAAGUCCUUAACACUCAUCAGCAGCAGCUUCAACAUGGCCACUGCUCUAAAGAGGUAGACCUCAAUCAAAAGGAGGAACCAUCAGAGGGGUCAGGAAGUGAAGGACCUGCCUCUCAAUUCAGUGACACUGAAACGGACACUGUUCUGCACAAACUGAAGGUUGAGCUGGAAAAAGAAAGAGAAAACACCCAACGCAUUUGUGCUGAACUGGCAGAGGAGCUGGAGAAACACCAACAUGUGCUCUCUUUACUAGAGAAGGAGAAGAAAGGCAGGGAAGAGGAUAGAAAAGAAAAGGAGGCACAGCUGCAUGAUCUCCAGACCCAGUUGAGCCAAGUUCAGUCCCAGUGCCUUGAGAUGCAGCAGUGCAAAGAGGAGAAGGAGAAACUAAACCGAGAAGUGCUGGAGCUGAGGAAAAGGCUUCAGGAGGAAGAAGAUGCAGAGAGGAGAUUAAGUGAAGAGGCAGCCACCUCUGCCUUACGUCUCCAGAGCCUUGAGGAGGAGAGACGGGCACAGGAAGAAGAGAUGCAGAGGCUCCAAGAUGAGCAUAGGGAGGAGGUGGAGAAAGUCAAGCAGCUAUUGGAGGAGAGGGAGAAGGAACUGAAGUUUAGAGAAGAGGAGGUCAUGGGACUCAAAGCCUCUAAGAAUCGACAGAACCAAGCAAAGUGCAGUUUUAGCUGUGAUGAAAGUGUUGGCAUAGAUGACGCCAAUCUGGAAAGUGGACCUAAUCAAGACAGUAUGAAUGUAUCAAUACACAGGGACAUUAUGAUGGAGAGAUACUUGUUUUCAGUUCCCUUUGAACACUCUCAGUCGUCAUUAGUCAAUGAAAGCUUUGAACACUGCAGUCAGCUGGACAUCUCUGCAGACCACAGCUUUGAGCUCAACAGUGAAGUGUUGGGAGAAGAGCCUCUGUUGUCAAUUUCAAACCGCCCCCUCGACGAAAACGACAACCUCCAUAGCGACUCCAGCCCGCAGUGCUACGUCCCUGCGGCUGAUGAUUCAAAUCCUCAGUGUCAGUCUCCUUGGCUUCACAACUCCAGUUCUGGAGAUCUGGACAUGAGUAAACUGUCCGAGCAGCAGCUUCAGGAGACGGACCUGGAGAAGGAGCUGCUCAAUCAGCAGUGUGGGGAGCUCCGUGAGGAGCUGGCUCUCAAAGACCGGGACUUGAAUGUGCUGAGAGAGGAAGUCAUCAAGAGUGCUGAAGAGCUGGAGGAGGCCAGAAGCAGGUGGGCUCAGGUAACAGACGAGCUCCGACAGGCUCUCUGGGAACUUGACGAGGAAAAGGAGAAGAGGAGACAAUUUGAGGAGGAGAUGAACUUGGAAGUCCAUGAACAAGACAACCUGAAGAACAAACUCUGUGCCUUAAGGGAAGGGGGAGAAAAAGCGAAUGAAGCCUCGUUGCCGGGAAAGGAAGCUGCUGAAACUCCACAGCUCAUCUCUGAUUCCUUUCUGUCAGCGGAGGAAGAUAAACUGUUUGGGGAGCUUGAGAAGGAGGGUGGACUCGUAUCCUCUCUGCAGGAGAUGAAGCAGAGUGCGGACUCCAAACAGAGCCUAGACCUCAGAGAUGACAACCAGCUGGAAACACUACAGGCACAUUGUGACCGUCUCGUAUCCGAGCUAGAGGAGACAAAAACAAAGCUUAAAGCUGCCUUAUUAAGUCAAGCGAAGUUGGAGCUGGAGGAAACAUUAAAGGAGCUUGAAACGACACGUGCACAGUUUCUGGAUGUCCAAGCAGAGGUGGAGAGGCUGCAGGAAGAUCUGGACAAGAGCUUCAUCAGUCUGGACAGUGCUGAGAGAGAGAAGAAUGAUCUGGAAUCUCAUAUCUUCUGUCUGAGACAAAACCUGGCCAACCUUGAGGAGGCCCAAGGUCGGUCAGUGCACGAGAGUGAGGAACACAAGAGAAAAGAAGAAGAGAUGGAAGAGCGGAUUAAAAAUAUGGAGCAAGUCUUAGAGGAGGAACUCGAACAGUUUGAGAACCUGCUAAAAGCCAAGGAUGUCGAGUUGUCUGAAGAGAAGGAGAAAUGGGAGGAAGAGAGGCAGGAGAAGAACAAAAAGCUCCUUGAUGUGAAACAUCUCAUGGAGGAGCAGAGGAGGCAGAGGGAAGAGGAGGUCAAGGCGUUCCUGGAGAAGCAGGUCCAGGUUGUGGAGGAGGUCAGAGAGAAGCUCAAGACAUCUCACCAACAGGAGAUAAAAGACCUGGUGGAGAAACACCAACAAGAGAUUUCCGAGUUGAACGCUCACCUGGAGAAAGAGCUGUUGAAGCAGCAGGCCAGUAUGGAGGAAGAACAAAAGAGACAGAUCGGUUUAAUCAAACAGGUGACUGAGCGUGAGCAUGAGAGGGAGUUGUCAGAGCUGACUGUCAAACACAGUGAGGAGCUUAGUCAACUGAAUACAGAGCUGUCUCUGGAGCUGAGGGAGAGCUUGGAGGCUGCUCACCAGGCAGAACUGCAGCAUGCACAGGCCCAAAAGAUAAUUGAGCUUGAGGCCUUGGGUCAGAGCCUGACCAAUGUCCACAUGUCACAGCUGGAGUGCUCCCAGGUGAACCUGCAGCAGGAGCAAGAGUCUACUCUAACCAAGGUCCAGGCCUCCCUGAGGGAGACAUUUGCUCAGGAGAGUGCAUCCCUGCAGGUCCUGCAUCGAUUGGAACUGGAUCAACUCAAACAGCAGGACCAGGAGCAGCUGGAGAGACUGCGCGAGCUGCACCAACGAGACAUGGAUGAGUUGAAGAAGCAGUGGGAGACUCGUGUUGCUCAGGAAAGAACCUCAGUGCAAGAAAAGCAGACUACAGAGUUACAGGCUCUAAGGUUACAAUGGGAGAAAGAGGCUGAGAGCACCCGCUCAAACCUCCUGACAUCUCUUUCAGAGACUGAGAGUAGCCUCACUGCCACACAGACGGAACUCGCCAGCGCUCAGGCCUCCCUUACCCACAUCAACAAAGCCCUAUCUGAAGCCCAAUUAGCUCUGUCGCAGACCCAGUCAGAGCUACAGGAGUCAAAGGCCAGGCUGGAGGAACUCCAGCUCUCCAGUGAGGAGGAGAACCAAAAACUAGAGGAGGAGCUGAAACAAGCCUGGGCUGACAGAGAUGCUGCUGCAAGUUCCCUGGAGGAAUUGGUUUCAAGUCAUAAGGCAGUGCUGCAGGAGAAAGAGCAGCAAGUACUACACCUAGAGGAGAAGGAACAGCAACUGCAGCAUGAGGUUUUGCGCCUUCAGGAGGAGAAGACUUUGCUGAAGAAGAACUCAGAACGCGAAGUAGGUCAGCUGUGGACUCAACUGGAGAGCAUGAGGACUAGUCGCCAAGAGUUGGGAGAGCUGAAGGAGCAGCUGCUCGCUCGCUCGUCUCGUGUUGAAGACAUUGAACGCUUAAAGACGGAGUUCAAUGAACAAAAACGAGGAAUCAAAGAGCAAAAUGAGGCUGAGCUGGAAAGUCUAAGGAGGUACUUUGAGCAUCGACUGCGGGUAACAGAAGAGAGCUACAGAGAAGAAAUUGCUCUUCUUCAGUUAAGGCUGGUAGAAAGUGCUUUGGAGGAGUCUGUGCUUAAAACCACAAAUGAAAGUUCCAUUUCUCAAGAUGAAGCUGAGGAGGAAAAGGAUGUUCUUUUUGAUACCAGCUUCAAAGUUGAGAAACACAAGGAAUUGCUGGACAGUUUGAACCUUCAGCUGGAGGAGAAACACUCAGUGGAGCUUGCCAGCCUACAAUCCUCCUUGGCUCUUUCCUUUAAUGAAGAGGUGCAGCAGGUGCGCUCAGACCUCACAGAUCACUACUACGAGGAGCUGCAGGAGAUGAAGGCUCGGCACGCCCUUGAGAUGGAGCAACUCAAAGCCAAAUUGUCUGACAGUCACUUACGAGAGCUUACCAGAGUGCGUUUGGAGGCUGAAAGGCAGGUUGAGGUGGAGGUCGAACAGAGGCUGUGGUGUCACACUGAGGACCUGCAAACAAGGAUGACUCUCAUUCACACCAUGGAGAACCGGCUGUCUGCCUUGAGUGAACAGCAUGAUGCAGAAACUCGGAAAACACAAAAGUUGAAACAGGAGUUUGCUGGGGAGCUCAUUUGUCUUGAGGAAGCUCUUAAAGAAGAAAGGGAGCGUAUGCAGAGGCUGAGAGAAGAGCUCCAACAGAAUCAUGAAGCUGAAUUAUCAGUCCUGAGGUCAGAUCUCGACAGGGAAACUGAGAAGGAAAGGACUUGGGCAAAGAGCUGCAUGGCGGCAGAAAUCAAGGAGCUCACUGCUCGUCUCCAGGAGCAGAGUGAAGAGCGGCUGCGUCAAACUCAAGAGAGGUUCCAGGAGGAAAAAGAAGUGUUGGAGCAGUGUUUGAUCCAGAAGUAUGAAAUCUCUCUGACAGAGCUAAAGAACAAACAUCAAACUGAGCUGGAACAUGAGAGGGCAGCACUAGUGAACAAACACACCCAAGAGAUGGACACACUCGAUGCCAAACACAAAGCACAGCUAGAUUCACUCUGUGACAGUCACAGAGAUCAACUUGCAGCUAUGGUCGCUGAACUUGAAUCCAAACACAGUGCAGAGAUUGUUGCCUUGGAAGCGGCCCUCAAUUCAAAACAAAAGGCAGACCUUAAAAGUUUGGAGGACAUGCUUCAGGAGACCAAUCAGGUUCGGCUGGAAGCCUUAGAAGCUGAGUUGACUCGUAACCACCAGGAAGAAAGGGAUUUAUUGGAAAAGAGGAUGCUGGGUAAUAUGGACACUUUGGAGGCCACAUACCUUAAGGAAGUGCAAACACUGCGUGAUGAAAUGGUACAGCUUGACGAGAGGCACUGUCAAGAUCUGAAUCACCACAGGUCAGACAGUCGGCAGAUAAUCGAGCGCCAUGCUGCAGAACAACUGUCCAUCCGGGAGGAAGUGAGGAAAGAACUGGCUCAGGUGCACGUGGAGAAGUUUAGUGCCAUGGCAGCGGAGCUCAGCCAUGUUCACAAGAUUGAACUGGCUGCUCAAAAAGAGGCCUUGGAUACUGAACACUGCGAAGCACUGGAGACCCUUAAGAAGCAGGUUUUAGAGCUUGAACAACAACACAGCACUGCUCUCCAGGAGCUUUCACACAACUACAGUGCUGAGAAACGGCAACUAGUCGAAAAGCACCAACUCCAGCUACAGGAGUUGAGGGGCAUCUCUGCCCGCGAAUUGGAGGCAUGCCGCCGGGAGCUUGAAGAAGAGUCGUCAAGGCAACGUCAGCACUUCACAGAAGAGGUGGAGCUCCUCAAAGUCCAAUCAGAGGAGAAGCUGCAGGACAGGAUUAAUCAACUGAAGACGGAGUUUGUGGAGCAGAAGGAGGCGGAGCUUAAAGACCUGAGGCGGAGCUUCACAUCUGAACAAGAGAAGAAGGAGCUGAGCUAUACUGGAAAAAUGAGCCAACUUACCAUCCAGUUGCAGCAGCUGGAUGCUGUGGUGGCACAGCUGCGGGCUGAGGUUGGCUGUCUGCAGGGAGAGUUAGAAGGCAAGCGUGCCGAGAUGGAGACCCUGGACACCCUCCUCCAACGAAGGGAGCGAGAAAGUCAGGAGGGAGGAAACCUCCUAAAGAUGCUCACUGAUGACUUGCAGAGUGCCAAAGAGGAAAGACGAAAACUGCACAAGGCCAAUGAAAAGCUGAGCAAGGUGCUGAUCGAGAUGGUUCGCAGCACCGUUGCAACAGAAGAAUUGAUAGGACAAAAGAUAAGUGCCAGAACCGUGACAUCUCAGCAGGCUUCUCAUCAGAGGAGCUCAGUUGGGGUCAAAGAUGCAGACGAGUCAGGUACAGUUUCAGACUUGUCAGCAGAGGACGCGGAGCUAACUCAGCUACUCUGUGAGAGCCUGCUGGUUUCAGAUACUCAGAUCAGUCCUGGAGGAGAAGAAGCUGCUCUGAGUGCCUGCAGCAAACUGCGACAAACUAUAGGCACACUCUUGGAGCUGCUCAACCAGGCCAACUCACAGCUGGAGCAGACUCAUGAUGUCCACCUUUCUCUGGGGGAAAAGUUCUCUCAGGGCAGAGAAGACUCCGCCCAGCUCUUAAAGCAGCACAAGCUCUUAUUGGAGCAGCUUGACCAGGCGGCGGAGCUGAAGAGUCAACUCCAGCUGGAGCUCCACAAGUCAGAGGGGCUCCUAGAGGGCUACAUGGCAGAGAAAGUGGUCCUAGAGGAGUGUCUGCAGCAGAGGGAGGCACAAGAGGAGAGACUCGUGGAGGAGUUGGAGGAUCAAAAGGUGAAGCUGCACCGGAUGGAGAGCCUCACUCGAGAGCUGGACAGCCUCCGACUGAAGCAUCAGGAGCUCAGUGAGGAGCACACAACUCUCCUCCGGCAAAAGGAGCAUCUCUCUGCUGGUCUUGGGGAGACGGAGAAAGCUCUGCUAGCAGAAACAGAGCGUUUGAGCCAGGAUCGUCUGGACCUGCAGCGGCAGGCUGAGAGGGACCACAGAUCUCUGUCUCAACGCCUCAGGGCCCUGGAGAGGGAUUUGGAAGAGCAGGAAACAAAGGGUCUGGAGACAGAGCUGCACCACAAGACCCACACUGAAGACCUCAACCAGCGGGUCAAAGCACUUGAGAAACAGCUGAAACAUGACCGGCAGUUUAUAGAGGAGCAAGCUGUGGAGCGUGAACAUGAGAGAGACGAGUUCCAACAGGAGAUCCGCAGGCUGGAGGCACAACUCAGACAAACAGUCCGUGUGGAUAACAAAGGACACAGGUUUGAGGACUUGACUCUGCAGGUGGAAAGUCUACAAGCUGUCAUCAAAGAUAAGACGGAGGAUCAUGCCUCUCUGCACGCAGCCAAUCAGCAGGCCCAGCGUGAUAUUGCUGAACGCAACGAGGAGAUAGACAAGCUAGCUGGGCGAAUCCGAGAGCUAGAGCAAGCACUGCUCAAUAGCGCCGAGAUUAAUCGAUCUAUCAGUCAACUUGAACAAGAGGUUCACAGAGCAAAGAUGAGAGAACAGGAGCUCACACAAGACAAGCAGGCCCUGGAGCAGCAGCAGCUGUCCAACAGGCUUCAGAUCUCUGCUCUGCAGUCCAAACUGGAUGAGACGAGACACUGUUACCAUGACAACACGCGUGACCCCACCCAGGACCUUAGGGAUGCCCUGGACACGGCUCAGCAGAGCCUACAGAACAAAGAGCAAGAGGUGGAAGUUAUGAUUGGCCAAAUAGAGAAUGUGCAGAGAGAGUUGAACAUCAAAGAGGUCGGACUGAAACAUCUUACACUGCAGCUGGAGCUACUUGCCACUCAGAACGCAGCUCAUGUUGGCGAACUCCAAGAUCAGAUUGGUGCAUUGAAGGAGACUGUGUCUGCCCUCACUAUACUUAAGGAGGAGAAUGAGGAACAAGAUGAGAUGGAGGAAGCAGAUGAAGAUACCCUCCCCUCAGCUCUACUCGAGGAGAAAAACCAGGAGAUCGACCACCUCAACAAUGAGAUCCAAAGGCUUGAACAGGAGCUGGACAACACCCGGGACAACGAGGAUUUGGAGGUUGAGCUUGAGGAUCUGCGCUCACAGGUGGAACAUCUUCAGUCUGAAGUCAUGAGAGUGCGUCAGGACAAAGAGGAAGAAGAGGAGCGCCUUCAUGAGGUCAUCAGCACGCUGCAGGCGGAACUGGCGACACUGGGCCCCAACCUGCAUGAAGUUAGUGACUCUCAGGAUGGUGACAGCAUCAAUCCCUCACCGGCUCCCAGCCCAGAACCUCAUCACUACACCAUCCAGGAGCAGGAGAGGAGGGGAGGGCCGAGCAGCCUGAAGCAGGAGCUCAGUCUGACUCAUUCUGCCUCCACUCGUUCCCUUCAAUCUCGUCUCAAGGCCAUUCAGAGUCAGCUGGAGACGGCGGUGGCAGAGAGAGAGGGACUGGAGCGAUUACUGCUCACCCAGGAGGAAGAGUACAGAGGACAUGGGGAGGACUUGGGGAAGAGGUUGAAAGCUGAGAAAGAAAAGGCAGAUGAGCUUCAAGGUCUCCUCAUCCUCAAGGAAGCUGAAUUGGAAGAAGUGAAAGCCCAGGUAGAGGUGGGCUCCCUGCAUGAGGAGAAAGCCCACCUUAACACCCUGGUUACUGAACUCCAAAUGAAAGAACAGGAGUGGGCGAGCGAGAUUGAGACUCUAAAGACUAAAGAGGAGGAGAUGAAAAUGGAAAACGAGGUCCUCAGAGAAAGCAGUCUUACACUGGAGAGACAAAUCCAGGAGGUAAGAGCCGAGGUGGUCGACAUGGGGAAACUGGUUGCUGCCGAAAGGUCAAAGAUUAAAACGCUUGAGACUGUGAAGGGAGAGCUUUCAGCCGAAUGUGAAGCUCUCAGGAGGAAGGAGAGGCAACUCCAGGAGGAAAGUGAAAGGCUCAGGCAGGAAGUGACUUCAAUGAGAGGCCUCAUCCAGGACCUGACAGCUCAACUCAAUGAAAAGGAAACCGGUCAAGAAGAGGCUCAAAAGGAGGUGCUGACAAAUGCUGAGGUGACCCUGGCUAAAGCAGACGCUGCCUUGAGACAGAAAGAGGAUGAGCUCGUCAGACUGAGGGCAGAGCAUCAGGCCCUGGGGACGGAGCUGACCGCAGUGAAACGGGGUCUGAGCACCAGUGCAGAGAGGGCUGAGAAACUAGACGAGGAAGGGCAGACGAAAGACCAAGCCCUUGUUGAGCUGGAGAAUGAUAACCAGCGGCUGAAGGCAGAGCUCCGAAGUUUACAGGAGGACCUGGCUGUGCAGGAAGAGGAACUGGCCUAUCAGCAGAGAGAACUACAGCAACUCCAACAGCUCUCUCAACAGCAGGACACGCCAAAUCAUCAGCAACAGAAAGAAAUUUCUCAGAGAGCUUUUGAGGACAUUGUGAUUUUCUCUCGUGACGAAGUCUCCCUGAGCUCUCCGGAGGUGUUGAGGAGACUUGAAUGCUCUGAGGACAGAAUCCCAGAACGUUUCCACGCCUCUGUUCUGGGCUCUCGUCUGUCUGAGCUCAGCACACUGAACAGCACAGGCCUGGAUCUGCCCCGCAUCAAGACCUCUCCCCGGGUUGUGAUGGAGCCUCCCCAAUCUCGGACCAUCACGCCAGAUCCAGCCACGCGGAGUACCCGCUCCCCAGGCUCAGCGUCGGUCUCUGACAACUUCUCCAUGCUUGACUCUCUGGAUGCUGACAGAGUGCGAGAGCUGGAAGAACUCGACCUAACAGCCCCUCCGUCUCCACUUGGAUCGACUUCCUCCUUAUCAGCACCAGAGUGGGCCAGUGAUGGAUAUGGAAGCAACGUGAGUUCAGAGUUGGGUGCGAGGCUGAGAGUCGAGCUUGAACAGACUGAAAGACUGGAUGCUCAGUUUGUUGAGUACCUUCGCUACAGAGGAAUGAACCCGACAGUUAACACAGAUAGCGCUGCAGGCAGUAUGAGCUACAGCGAUGACCUGUUGUCACCUGAGCUUCAGGGUCUGUUGAAGAAAGUGUAUCAAGAAAGCUGCAGAAUUCUCACCUUGUCCCAACGACGUGCCACUUCCUCCACCCAGCCUCAUGCCUCAGACUUAAAAGCCUUCUCAUUGAGUCAGAUGCAGCAUCAUUGUGGAGAUGGUUCCACCUUAAUUGACCACCAGGACAAAUCAUCGUCUAACCCCCCCAUGAGCUGGCAGCAGGAGAAGAGGGCACUGCAGGAGACUGUGGUCGCGCUCCGAGAGCUGCUAUGUCGAAUGGCACAGAGCCGCACACAAACUGAAUCCAGAGGUGAACACGAAUGGCACCGAGAUCAGUUACAGAUUGAUGAACAGGUUCAAUCCCAACUAAAAGCGGAGUUGGAGGAGACUCAGAAACGAUUGAAAUGUGCUCACGACACUCAGCGAGAGCAAAAUAACAAGAUAAAAUCACUCAGACUCGCUGUAGAAGAAGGUGAGGAAGCUUUGAAGGGGGAGCAAACGAGAAUCCAGGAGCUUCAAGAACAACUGGAGCAGGAGAGAUCUCUGAGUUUCCGUAAAGACAGAGAGGACGAGGAAAGGAGAGAAGCUAUGCAAGUAUCUUCUGAGCAGCAGAGGUCAGAGGUCAUGGCCCUGAAGGGUCAGGUAGAGCAGGAAAAUGUGACCUGCAGCAACCUCCGACGGGAGCUUCAGAUUGAACAGUCUCGCCAUGAGCUGCUGGAGAAACGGGUUGACGACACCCAGAAGCAGCUGGAAGAAGAACGUCAGCGUUCUGCCCAACAGCAAGAUCUCAACUUGAAAGAAAAGACCUGUCUCAAGGAGAUCCUGACUGAAGCAGAAUCCCGCCUGGAUGAGAGUCGCUCUAAACUUGCAGAUGCUCACAGGAAGCUGGAUGAAGAGAGAGACCGAUCCUCCAGGCAGGUGGAUGAGCUCAGCCGCAGACACGAGGCUGAUGCAGCCAGAGACAGGAAGUUUAUCUCUGACAUGCGUGCACAGCUAGAGCAGGAGCGAAGGCAGGGGGAGGAGCUGGCAACUGCGAUGGACAAACUGAGGGCUGAGUUUCUGCAGAGCAGAAGGAAAUGGGAAGAGGAGGAGAGAACGAGAAGGGAGGAGCUGCAGAGGGACCAGGAGGCCACCGCUCGACAUCGUGUUGCGAUGGAGACCUUGAAGGAACAGAGACAGGAAGCCAGCCACGCGUUAGAGGCGGAGCGAGAGAGGUCCAGACGCCAAGGGGCGGAACUCGCAGAGCUGAAGGAGAAACUCCGACUGCUGAAGGAAAAAGAGAGGGAAAGGGAGGAGCAGUGGGAGAGGGAGAGAAGGAAGGGGCAGCAAGAGCAGAUGGAGCGAGAGAGACGACAGGAGAGGACCAAUAACAAACUGUGUGAGUUGGAACUGCUGAGGCAGCAGGAUCAGCAGCGCAUGCAGGAGCUGCAGCACACGCUGGCAGAGCUUGAGAAAGAGGAGAGAGAGAUGGCUGCUCAGAGGCUUUCUGGAUGGAGCCCAGGGCAGCAGCACAAGGCUGCAUCUACACAACAUCUCCAAAGUAACGUCCAGACUGACGGCGUCCAGGCAGGAAGCUCACAACAAAACCAGCAGAUGUCGUCCGGCCUGCUGGAGAAGUUGUUGAGUGAGAACUCGGAGCUGACGGAGCGUGUGACAUCAUUGAGUCAGGAGAGAGCCACUCUCAAACACCGACUCAACUUCCUGGAGCGACAGCUGCGCCGGACAGAGAAUGAGCUCGCCAAGGUCAUGACAGAAAUUGAGAACAGACCCAUCAACGAUGUGACCAGCAACAGCAAGGUGCAGCGUCUGUAUGAACGCUACCUUCGCGCCGAGAGCUUCAGGAAGGCUCUGGUGUACCAGAAGCGUUACCUGCUGCUGCUGUUGGGGGAUUUCCAGCAGUGUGAGCAGUACACACUGUGUGUCAUCGCUAAUAUGGGGGCACGGCCCUCGCCCCCACUCUCCUCCCGCAGACCUCUCGGAAGAUUCAGGGCUGUUGUUCGAGUCGUCAUCGCAGUCUUGAGAAUGAGGUUCCUGACCAGGAAAUGGCAGAGAGCGAUUAGAAGAUUAUCUGUAUCUGGGACUGUCAAUGGGCAUGCUCCAGGUGAGUUCGGGCCUAAAGCUGAAGUUUUAAGGCAGCAACAGCCAAGAUCAAAUUAUGACUCGCCCCCGAACAGAGAUACAGUGUCAGCUCUCGUCCCACCCAGCAAAUCGCCCUUCAGGUUGCACAACAGGUCGUACUCCGGCACCACUCUGGCCUCGGGGCAUUCGGGGGAAAUGUCUCAGGAUCCAGAGCGAUCCCUGACGGAAUACAUCCACCAUCUUGAGAAAGUCCAGCAACGGCUGGUGGGAGCCAGGCAAGGUUCAUCGGUUCUCCAGUCCAACCAAAAGUAAUCCGUCCACUGAAAGAAUGAAUGUCUCCUAUCUACAUGCCGUUACAAAACUGUCCAUGCCUUACACAUCUGUAGAAAUAUGUAGAAAGGAUAUGAAAUGUGUGAUUUUUACAUAAAUUAUUUUUUACAUUUUCUAUUGGAACUUUUGUAUUCACCGAACAUGGGUAUUUUGAAGGUAGCUCUUGAGAUGUUGCAAGAACAAAGGCUUUUGUUUCAAAUAUUGCUGUUAGUUAUUUUUGUACUAACGUUUUAUAUAUUGUUGUUGCUAUGUAAAUAAGACUGGUUUUACACUGGAAAUCCAUGAUCAACAUAGCUCGAGAGGAAGGGUACAGUACAUUAUUGCAAAAAUGUGAACCAUAUGUGUUUUUGUAUAACCUAUGUUUCUACCAAAAAGUUAAUAAAUAUUUUAAAUGUGUGAUUACAAACCAAA